AUGGGCACGGUUCGAGAAGUUCUUCCCAACUUUUGUGGAACUCCAGCUCACCGGCCGAUCGACGUGCCAUUUAUUUAUUGUCCCUCUCCUUCAAGAGUAGAAGCUGAAAAUUUGAAAGUGUUGGAAAACAUAAAACUACUCUACUCAGUCAAAGAAUUAGUUAAUUCAAAAAAAUCUUUAAUUAGUCAUGUUGAAAGCCUGCUGGAAAGUGAAAAAUUGAAACUUGUUCCUCAUGGUAACACAAAGGACGCCGAAAUACAGGAAAUAUUUCAAGUUAUCGAUUUUGUCUAUUUGAAUAAAUUAGAAUAUAAAUUACCUAUUUAUGCCGCGGUAAACUUAAAAAAAGUCCCAUGCUUUGCUGCAGGUUUAAAACAUAAUGACGAAAACAGCAAAGAUGAAAAAAUCCAACAACAGCUACAUGAAAUAAAAGGACAGUUAAAUACAGUCAGCUUAGGAAUAAAUAAACAGAAUAUGCUUUACUUGGCGGUGACAGCAAAAAAUGUCAAUCCUAAAUUGAAUGAGAUUCAAAGUCCUCGUUCUCUUUCAAGAAAUCCAGCUGUUCGGAUGCAAAUACCCCCAACUGCACAACAUCAUCAGCAACAUCCCUCCUCAUCAUUAGGACCUCUUACUCAUCAGCAACAUCAGUCUCCAUCAGCAAUUCAACAAGAAAAUCCUUUUUCAAUUGUCUCGAAAAAGAAACGUCAAAUUAAAAACAUUAGAGGAACCAACAGCACUGGCAUGUGUCCCAAAUCAGCUGGGGCAAUUGUUAAAAAAAAGUUUACUUUGUAA